AUGGAGAUGAAGAUGUUUAAAGCGGUUAAAACAGAACACGUGAAUCGCUUGGGCAUACCCGAUACAUUACUUACGAUUUAUCGAUCAUCCGAUCGUCUCGUGAUUGAAACGCUACCCGGUUUUAACCCCGUAAACGUCUUGCGCUUUAGGUCCAUAGAAAUGUAUCAAGAAUUAUACUUGAUAAGAAUCCCAAAGGAACACUUACCUGCAACUAUUUGCAAUAUACUGGUUAAACCCGGUGAUAAAAUCGAAAAAACUCAAUCGCUACUUAGAUACGAAUACGUAAAAUUAGCCAAAAAAGAAAACAUUGAUCCAAUGACGAAAGAACAAAUUCAACUUGAUGUAGACACUCCUUUUGUCGAAGAAUUAAAAAGUCCCACCGAGGGUGAAAUUCAACAAAUUUUUGUCAAAGAUGGCGAGAGUAUAUUCGAUACGGAUGACAAAGCUGUGAUUGGUGUGAAAGAGCCGUGCGUUCAUUCAAUUCAGAUUCAUGGCCUGUGUGCAUUAUGUGGUAAUGAUAUGAUGAAAACAGAUUUUACUGGUGUUGAUUAUUCUCAAAGAGCUACUAUUAGUAUGGCUCAUGACGUUGCUGGAUUAACUGUUAGCCUCAAUGAGGCUGAAAGAUUAGAGAAAGAAACCGCGGCAAGACUAUUGAAAUCACGAAAGUUGUCUUUAAUAGUCGAUUUAGAUCAAACUCUAAUUCAUGCAACCGUGGAAUCAACAGUAGAUGAAUGGAUUAACGAUGAAAAUCAUAUUAAUAAUCCUACAAUUCAGGACAUUCAUAAAUUUGUUCUAUCUGAUAGUCCAACGGUUUAUUAUAUUAAACUAAGUGUAUCUGAAUUUUAUGAACCUCAUAUAUAUACCAUGGGAACGCGUAAUUAUGCGUCCUCCGUUGCUAAUAUAAUUGACCCUGUCCAAAAAAUAUUCAAUGAACGAAUAUUAUCUCGUGAUGAAAGUAGAAAUAUAACUCAAAAAACUAUACGACGUUUGUUUCCUUGCGAUGACUCCAUGGUCGUUGCAAUUGAUGAUCGAGCUGACGUUUGGGGUUGGUCGCCUAAUCUUAUAAAAGUUCACCCUUAUGAUUUUUUUGUGGGAAUUGGUGAUAUAAAUGACACCCGCUUUUCAAAACAGCCAAAACCAACUAGUGUCCCAACCAGCGUCCCAACUAUUGCCACGCCAGAAGAGAACAACGUAAAACAUGAAGAAGUUGAAAGCGUAAAGCCAGUCCUUGUUGAUAAUGAUACAGAAUUACCAAACUUAUUGAAGGCAUUGAAAGCGAUUCAUAAACGGUAUUACGAUGAGUAUGAUCGAAUGCAAAGUGAUUUACAAACUAACGGAAAAUCAAAGAUGCCAGAUGUAACUGUGCUAGUACCUAGUAUGAAAGCUGAAGUUUUGAAAGGAGUUAAUAUAUUAUUUACACACGUUAUUCCAACCAGCCAAAAGAAGGAAAGUGCUGAAAUAUGGAUUUUAGCCAAAGAAUUUGGUGCAGUGUGUUCGGAAAAUUGGAACAAUGAUGUCACCCAUUUGGUGGCAGGUGAUCGUGGAACUGAGAAAGUAAAAGAAGCAAUUCGAAGAGGUAAUAUAUUCAUCGUGCGCAAAGAAUGGUUGCAUGAUUCUAUAAAAAAAUGGGAGAGACAACCCGAACGUGAUUAUUUUUUUGAUACAUCUAUUCGAGAAUCGGAAUCAGAGCAAGUGUCUGAAAUAGAGAAACCUCCUGAUUUGAUCGUUGAAACACCGGUUAAUGAAAUUACUGAUGAUGAAGGGUUACUAAGUCCACAGGAACGUCAAGAACAUUUUUUAUCGACUGAUUGGAAGUCUAUCUUAUGUGAGGUCGAGGAAGAAAUUGGCGAUUGGGGUGACACAAGUGCUCUAGACGAAAGUGAAACUGAAAGUGGAACUGAAAGUAACGGACGUAUAAAGUUAAAACGGAAUAGUAGUGAAUUAAAUACUUACGAACAGAGUGCUAAGCGUCUUAAACAUUCUCCACUGCGACAUGCUAUAACAUUUGAUGAUUAUGAUGACGACGAAGAUUCUAAUACAAAUGUUCAAGAAGAUCAGGAUGAUAGUUCGUUGACUAAAUAA